AUGCUCCAAGGGGGUGGUAGAAGGUAUUUGGAUGCAGACAAAGGUGAAGAAUUUUGGACUAAAACAUUUUGUGUACACAGUGAGAAGAAAAAUGAUCGAGAAAGAUUUGAUCAUGGAUCAUUUCCUGAAGAUGUUCAGUCAGUACAAGCUGCCAUCAGCAAAACAAAUCCCGUUCUUGAGAUGGAUCUCAAGACUGACAGCAAAGGAAGAAGUUUUCUUCAUAAAUUCCUGAAAUCUCCUGGACUUAUCUUGGUUGAAAAGUCCCUGAUGACCAAAUCGAAAGAAAUUAACACCACUGAAAAAUGUGCCAAGCAGUGCAUGAAACUCAAACGUUUUGUUUGCAAGGCCUUUUAUUUUCGGAAGAAUGAAAAACGCUGCUAUUGUCUGUCGUUUAACAGCAAAACAAAAGGGGUGAAGAGGAAACAAGACAAAGGAUUUGAUCUUUACGAAAGAAAAGACUUUAUUCGGGAAUGCAUUAUUGGGAAUGGACAAAACUACAUGGGCACUAAGUCAGUGACUAGAUCUGGUCGGACCUGUCAGCAAUGGAAUUCAAUGAGCCCACACGAGCACAGCUUUCUAAAUUUGAAGUAUGGGAAUUCACGGGAGAACUUCUGCAGGAACCCACAUAAAGAGGAAGCAGGUCCAUGGUGCUUCACAACAGACCCCAAGGUUCGGUUUGAGAGCUGCAGUAUUCCACAGUGUUCAGAAGUUGAAUGUGUGACGUGCAAUGGAGAGAGUUACAGAGGGCCCAUGGAUCACACUCAGUCUGGGAAGGAAUGUCAGCGAUGGGACCAUCAGAAACCACAUAAGCACAGAUUCCAUCCUGAACGAUUUCCAGAUGAGGGUCUCGAUGAUAACUAUUGCCGCAAUCCUGAUGGUAAAACAAGACCUUGGUGUUACACCCUUGACCCCUACACCCCAUGGGAGUUCUGUGCAAUUAAGGAAUGCGUCCAUAAUUGCGAUCACGAUUUAGAGACAACAACGGAAUGUUUUAAGGAGAAAGGAGAGAAUUACAGAGGGACAAUAAACACCACACCUUCAGGAAUUCGCUGCCAACACUGGAGCUCCCAGUACCCUCACCAUCACAACUUCACUCCGGAGAACUACAAGUGCAAAGAUCUAAAGGAAAAUUACUGCAGAAAUCCUGAUGGAACAGCAGUCCCCUGGUGCUUCACCACAGAUCCAGAAAUUCGAACAGCUUAUUGCUUUCACAUCCCAAGAUGCGAAAGUAGGCAUCAGCCUUCAGAAGAGUGUUACGAAGGAAAUGGAACGACCUACAGAGGGACUGUAUCUAAAACCAGAGGUGGGAUAAUCUGUGCGCCAUGGGAGAAAUACAGCUUGAUUUCUGAAAGUGGAAGUCUACUAAAGAACUACUGCCGCAAUCCAGAUAGGGAUAAGCAUGGACCCUGGUGUUACACUGCCGAUCCUAACACCCCGUGGGACUAUUGUGCAAUAGAUUCUUGUUCCAACGGACCUCAGAAUUCAUCAGAUAAUGCCAAACCGUGUUCAAUUACCCCAUUGACCAGAAUAAUAGGCGGAUUACCAGCAAAAGUCAAAACGUUCAGUUGGAUGGUCAGUUUGCGACACAAGGAUAUUCAUUUCUGUGGAGGAUCAUUGAUCAAAGCGGAAUGGGUUCUCACAGCCAAGCACUGCUUUUCUACAUGUACACCAGACCUGAGGGGCUAUGAAGCUGUGAUGGGCAUUUACAAAGAAGACAAGAGCGAAGAAGCCCACAAACAAAUAGCCACGAUCUCUCAGCUCAUUUGUGGACCAGAAGGAUCCAACCUGGUGCUGCUCAAGUUGUCCAGAUCAGUAAAGAUAACUGAAUAUGUCAACCUAAUCACAUUGCCUCGGUCUGAAUGUAUAGUUCAUGAAGGUGUCCACUGCAAUAUUUCUGGAUGGGGCGAGACUAAGGGUACUGGCUAUGAAGGGCAACUGAAAGUCGCUCAGAUUCCCAUCAUUGGGAAUAAAAAAUGCAACCAAUACCACAAAGGAAAAAUUCAAAUUGGUGACUCGGAAAUCUGUGCCGGAGAUGACAGUGGGACUGUGGGAACCUGUGAGAGAGAUUAUGGGGGUCCUCUGGUCUGUAAUCUGCAUUACUUGGAAAUAUUACAAGGAGUCAUCGUACCUGGUCGAGGAUGUGCCAAGCCCAAACACCCUGGGAUUUUUGUGAGGGUGUCUUACUACAUUGGGUGGAUACAGAAAGUCUUUAAAACAUACAGAAGACACAAUAGCACAGACAGAUAACGCGUGCUUUCAGAAAACCCCAGCAUCGCCACUGCAAAUAAUUUAUCAGUUGAAAAUAAUAUGCUGCUGUAAAUAUUUUAUUGCAAAUCACUUUGUCUAUCUGUCAGGCGAUUUCUUUUCCUGAGUUUUAAUUGCACCUUUGUUUUUGUGGGUAUGAGCUUUCCAGAAGACACUU